AUGGAUAAGUUUAAUGGCUUUAUUACACCUUCUCAGAACAACUACAUUGAAAGUUAGAACAGUGAUCAGCUCAAGCAAAAUCUCUACAGCGAUGAAUACUAUGAAAGACAGACUCCUAUUUAAAAUAAGCCCAACUCUGUCAUCAUCAAUUAUCAGUAAAACCAGCCAUUCAGUUAAAGGGGAUCAAAUAAGAGUUAGAAGCAUCCAACUUCUCAUCACAAAUCCCAGUCAACCAUCUAUAACAAUAACAGUCAGAAUCUUUUGAAUCAAAAUCAGCAGUAAUAAUACGUUCUCUAUUCCAAUAGCAAUAACUCACAAAUCGAUAGUCAGGUAUAUUUCUCAGAUAAGAAAAAGGCUAGACAGAAUGCUAACUCAUCAGUGAAGAUUCACGAAUAAAGCAGCCACAGCAGUCUGCAAGCGGCUAACCAGAUGAUUGACUUCUAGUUCAACAAUGUGCAUGAAUUGCCUCCUCCUCCUGCACACAAAUCUCAAUACCUCUAAUAAUAGUAGCAAUAAAUGCAAUAAAAAUAGACUCACAAGUAACUGAAUGGACCACUCUAAACUGAUAGAUUUAAGAAGCAAAUGAGUCAUAGACAGCUCUCAUCACAAAAUCAAGUUUCUAGUUUGUCAAGCUUGAAGGGAGUGCAUGAAUUUCAAAGUAUCGAUCCGAAGAACUAACUAGGAAUGCAAUAGAAAUAAGAUAAUAAUAGCUUUCUAUAAGAUGCAAUGAAAAGAGAAAUCAGAAAUAUAGUUACCUAUAUUUAGCAGAUAGAGGAAAAGUUGUAAAAUUUGGAGCAGUAAAAUACAUAACUAAUCGAAAAUAAUAACAAACUAUGCCAAUUUGAAAAUGAGGCUUAUAUUAAAUUUGAAGAGUAUGACUAGAAAAUAAUAAAUUUAGAGUAAAGUAUGGUCCAGUUUAUGGAGCAAAGUUUCUUUUAGAAUAUAUAUGAGUAAACUACGAAUAAUAACCAACAACUUAAUAAGAUGUAAAACAAUGACUAAGAUUAGCUGGGUAAAUAUGGUAAUAACCAGUUUUACUCAUUUUAAGAUAAAAAUUUUGGACAAGGAGUCUUCAGAUAAGAUACACCAACUAUUAGUUGUUGCAGCUCAGAGAUGGGAGACACCAUAGAUAAGAAGUAAAAUAUGCGUGAUUUCUUAGAUGAGACUAUGAAAUCAAAGCAAGAUGGUUUAAAAAUUAAAGAAACAGAUGAUGAUGAGAAUUAUUAUGAGAGUCAUAGAGCAUAAGUAAAGAAGUUACCUUAAUCUCCAGUUUCUAAGACUUUUGAUAUUCCAUUACAGAUUCAAAAUUAAGCUAAAAUAGUUAUUGGUAAUGGGGUAAAUCCACACCAUCAUUCUAACCGUUAAUAACAUCAUACAGUCUAAAAUGAAGUCAACAGAAGUGGAGUUGACUACUAUCUAUCACGCUAGAAUAAUCAGAUGAAGUCCAAAGCUUAUCUUGAUGUUAGGGCUCUUAUCUAGACUUAGAUGGAUAGCUAACCUAUAGGUGAUUCUGAUAUUCUUAAUACUAACAUGAUAAGGAAGUCUCAAGAUAAAAGCGUUCAUAAUUCCUCCAGAAAUGAAAACUUCAAGCACCCCACUGAUGCUCAGAAAGCAAUGCAAUCAACCAUAUCAGAUCAUGUCAUAGAAGAGGAGAACUAAGAGUCAGAGCGUACAAUCAAGGAAUAAUCUAAGCAGCUAAACAUUCAAUCAGUAAAGUCAAUUCGAUCUUUACAUUCUGGGAGAGAGAUCAUUAAUGGCAGAGAAGUCGAUAGAAUGCUCGAAAGAAAUUCUCACCUUUCUAUAGAUUCGAAAUUUAAAAGUCAAGAGAGACACUCUCACGAGAAUAAUGGAAGAAUGUCUCAAUAACCUCACGGGUAUAAUAGCAUAGUAAAUUUGAAGUCACUAGAUAUGAAUCUCAAUGAAGAAGCUCUCAUGAAUUCUGCCUUAUCUUAGGGUAGAGAUGCCAAAUAUGUGAGCAGCUUUAGUAAAAAUCAUCACGCCAGCUUAAGCAAUACCUAAUCUCAGAAGUAAUUUGAGAUGAGGAGGGUAAAUGAGAAAUUCAAUAACCCCUUGAGUUAAUCCUAGUCUAAUAGCAAUACCUAUGAGUUAAAGAAUAACAAGUUCUAAAAUUUUUCCCCUUAUGAAUCGUAAUACCUGCAAAUAAACAAGUAGCAAAUUAUUGAGGAUCUUCAUUCUCAAUAGGAAGAGGACUCAAAUCAGCAAAGUAUGACUCAAUAAGAUACCACAAUUAAAUAAUAUGAAGAGCUGAAUGGUACUCAAGAGAUAUAAGAUUAGAACUUUAUUGGCACAUACUAGAGCAAACUUCCAAUGACUAUGCACAGCUAGCUCUCAGCCAAUCAGAAAACUAGAAAUCUUUAACAUAAUUCAGCCUUAAUUAUGCCUGAUAAAGAACUCUAAUGCUUUGCCAUUUUGAAUAUGCUUAAGGAUGAUAGUGAGGAGGGCGUCAAGUUUGCUGUAAAUGGAUCUUGGCUUUUGGAGUACUGCAUAUUGAUUGAUUUAGACAUAAAUUUCUUUGUCAAUCAAGGCGAAUAGAAUCUGAGUCAAAAGCUAAACGAUAUAAGCUUGAUAAUGAAUAGAUUGUCUCAGAGAUUAGCCUUGAAUUAGGACUUUGAUGUUCGACUCAAAAAUAGUAAACUUCUUGAGACACAGAACAGCAUGGACUAUUCGAAGGAUGUAGAGCCACAAGAUCAGCAUAUUAAUACCAUUAUCAAUAAUGCGCUGCUUCUUGAUGAAGAGGGCAAUUUCAAAGAGGAUAAUUAGCUCUACCAGGACUACUUCAUAAUUUCUUAAAUCAUUUGGAAUCAAUUCAUGAAUUGGGGUUUUGAAUGUGACAUUGAAAUUCAGCUUUAUUGA